UGCUGUGUACGCUUUAGUAUUGGGAAGAACGCGUUCCAGUCAACACCGCUUCCGUGCUCCAAUAAAUAAUAAAACAACUAAACAUGCCUGAAGUCGUGUUCUACUACUUUCCCGUGAAGGCUCUGGGCGAGUCCAUCCGUUUGCUGCUGGCAUAUGGCGGCCAGGAGUUCGAUGACCGUCGUAUUCCACAGUCGGAAUGGCCUGCAUUCAAACCAAAGACCCCAUUCGGUCAGAUGCCAGUUUUGGUGAUUGACGGCAAGGAGUACGCUCAAAGUCUGGCCAUCAGCCGCUACCUCGGCAACAAGUACGGAAUCGCUGGCGCCACCCCCGAGGAUGCACUGGAAAUCGACCAGAACGUCGACCUCAUCAACGAUCUGCGAGCGAAGGCUGCAGUAGUCCAGUAUGAGCCUGAUGAGGCUGUGAAGGAAGCCAAGUAUGCAGACUUCGUUAAGAACGUAUUCCCAGACCUUUUGGAAAGAUUGAACGCCAUCUUUGUCAAGAACAACGGCCAUGUCGCUUUGGGAAAGCUGACCUGGGGUGAUUUCGUGUUCGCGGGUAUGUUUGACUACCUGAAGAUGAUGUUGCGCAUGCCUGACCUUGAGAAGAAGUACCCCGUGUUCCAGAAGAUCAUUGACAACGUUUACUCCAUUCCUAAAGUGAAGGCGUACGCGGACGCCGCGCCGCCCUGCGACUUCUAAAUUUAAAUUCUGGAAACAACACGUACAAAAUAACAAGAGUCUAUUUUGAAAUCGAAUGUUUGAAAUAUCUAGAAUGCAUGUUAAAUAUUUUAUCUUUAUACAUAAAAUUUAAAUAUUUAUACACUCGUCGAAAUAUGUUAUGGAUAUUUUCCUAUAACUUUUAGAUUAUAAGGAUGUGUUUAAAUGAUAAAUAAAUGUUACCUAUUUAAAG